AUGGCAGCAGUGAUAAGGAGUCCUGUCGUAGGUUUUAUCUCUGCAGUUACACCGGCAUCCAGGAACUUGUUGAGUAUUGUUUUGGAAGAUAAUCCUUUGGUGGACUUUGUUGAGCUUCAAGGUCUGAUUUUAAGCGGAGUUAUUAGAGGAGCCUUGGAUAUGGUAUCAAUGAAGGCUGAGGUCACUUGGCGACGUGAUGCGCUUCGAGGUGAUGAUGUGUUUGAGUUGCAAGUAAAACUUCUCAAGCAAGUUCCAGAAGAGUAUCCAUAUAAGGAUGAUGAGUAG